CAAUGCUGGCAAUACACAAAGAAAAUCUCCUUCUGAUGAUAUUAUUGAUAUCAACCUCUCAUUAGAUUGUAUUAAUUUAGGAAAUAAUACUUCAAAUAUCUAUUAGGGAAAAUAGAAGGAAAAAUGGAAUUUCUCAUGGCUUUAUUGAUUUGGUUGCUGUUGCGCAUUCAACUUCUAACCAGGAUUCAGUUAUGGCUUUGUCCUUAUGAAACUAUCGACAGUCUAAUUUCUGAUGAAUGUAAGAGGGCACUCUUCUUAAUUACAAAGAUCGCCGUAAUCAAUGCGCUCGCCAAAACUGUUGAAAGUUAUAUUGAUUACCAGAUGAGCACGUUAUUCACAAUAGAAAAUGCGUUAAUUUUUUGUUAUAGAUGGCAUAAUCAUUAAUUGAGGAAGCAGCUCAAAAGAAAGUAGAGGAGAUUAAAAAUAAAUUGAAAGAGGAGAAAAGGUCUUUACAUUUGACAAAAUGAUCAACGCAAUCAUAUAGGAGCUAAAUAGGAAUAUGCAUUAGAUAUUGAACAUA